AUGAAACAUACUGAAAUAAAGAACCAGACUGUCAUUACAGAGUUCCUAUUAGUUGGUCUAACAAAUUCCUUUGAAAUACAAACUCUUCUCUUGUGGGUAUUCAUAUUAAUAUAUGCUAUGGCUCUAGCUGGCAAUUCUCUCCUCAUCUUUACCAUAUGGAGAUGCAGGAAACUUCAUACUCCUAUGUACUUCUUGCUCCUCAAUUUGUCCUUUGUAAAUGUGUUCUCUAUCUCCAUUACAAUUCCCAAACUUAUCCAGACUCUUUUGGUCCAUCAUAAGAGCAUCUCAUUUUACGGCUGCAUUGCACAGGCAUAUCUGUUCAUCUGGGCUUUAGGAACUGAACUUCUCCUUCUAUCGUUUAUGGCAUUUGACCGCUGCUAUGCUGCUAUCUGCCAUCCUUUGCAGUAUACAGUCAUUAUGAGGAAAGAACUAUGCAUCGUGAUGGCAGCAGGAGUGUGGGUUGCUGGGAUGGUCAAUUCAGCAGUUCAUGCGGUACUUCUAUUAGAGCUGUCAUUUUGCAGCUCCAAUGUCAUCAACCACUUUUUCUGUGACUUACCACAACUUUUUAAGCUCUCUUGCUCUGACACCAGCCUUAAUGAGACCAUGACAUUUGCCUCAGAUGUGGUCUUUGGUAUUGGUUGCUGUGGGUUGACCCUAACAUCAUAUUGGUUUAUUCUGAGAGCUAUCUUCCGAAUCCGCUCCACCGAAGGAAAGAAGAAAGCUUUCUCAACCUGUUCUUCCCACCUGAUUGUUGUCAGUUUUUACUUUUCAGCUGUCAUCUACACAUAUAUCAGGCCAACCUCUGUAUACUCUUUAGACAAUGACAAGCUAGUCUCUCUGCUUUAUUCUGUGGUAACCCCAGUUGUUAACCCCAUCAUAUAUUCCUUGAGAAACAAAGAGGUCAAGAAAGCACUCAAAACACUUAUUGGAAGUGGUGGAAAGCGGCUGGAGUCAACGUUUCCUCGAGACGUACACCUCGACCAGCCGGCAACUAGGACGAUCACGGACGGUCCUGGGGCUAACCGGGCACCCAGCUACGCGGAGUGCUGGUGCUGCCCAACCGAUCCAGCGCAGGCGCAGGUGUGGGAACUUCCAAGUGCUUCGUGA